GUCGAAAUAUCGGUUUUGAAAACAGCGCUGUCGCGGUUGCCGUUUGGCAAGUGAUGCUACUGCAGAGGAUUCCGGAGCGCGAGCUCGGAACGGCAGCGGGAGAGAAGUAACCACUCCCCCUCCUGCUCUUCUCCUCUUUACUUCAAGUAACGGCAGGUUGUGCUGGUGGAGUAAGCCGUAGCCCAACAUGAUCCCCUCCGACUGAUGCGCAAACACGUCUUGUGUUUUGCCAAGCAGCUGAUCGCUUUCUUCAGUUAAAGCCAUGCCUGACGAGUAAAGAUCCCUACUUGCUAACGGCAAUAAAACAUUUUUAAUAAAAAUUAAUUGCAAUUAAAAAACAGCCCCCUACAUGUCUCUCCAAGUAGACUCCCUCUUGUCUGUCCUGCUGGAGUAAAUCCCCUCUUCCAGAUAGGCUCUACUGCCCUGCCCUCUCUCCACACUGCCCCACUACUGCCCCUCCACAUCCAGCUGUCACAAUGCCGCUCCACCUCAGAAUGGUCAUCACCUAAAGAUUCCCAUGCGUCCAGUGAGCGACGAGUCGGACGGACCUGCUCCUCCUGUAAGCUUCUCGCGCCCCCACCCCCCAGUGGGCCCCCUACCCACCUCUGAGAUGUCCCUGCUCCACUCGCUGGGCCCAGUGCAGAGCUGGCUGGGCCAGGAGCUGGAGAAGUGCGGGAUCGACGCCCUGAUCUACACCCGCUACGUCCUCAGCCUGCUCCUGCACGACAGUUACGACCUGCAGGAUCAGGAAAAUGACAUCUUCUUGGGCUGGGAGAAGGGAACUGGGAAGAAAUGGGGCAAGAGUAAGAAGAAAGGAGGAGGGACGGACCUAAGUCUGGAUGAGAUAAAGAAGCAAGCCGCCGUGCAAUGUCUGCGUUCUGCAUCUGAUGAAAACUCUGGAAUUGAGAGCCUGGUCGAGGAGCUUUGCUCCAAACUCAAGGACAUCCAAAACAAACAGAAAGAAGAAAAAUGGCUCCACAAAAAAUCGGAUGGAUCUCAGUCUCCUGAACAAGUUGAGUCCCCUUCCUCAAAGGACCAGGUGGAAAUGUAUUAUGAAGCCUUUCCUCCUUUGUCAGAGGGAUCUGUUUGUCUCCAAGAGAUCAUGACGGUGUGGAACAAGGCUAAAGCCAGCGCUUACUCCGGCUCAUCAUCCUCUGCAGCCCCGCAGACCAGCACCGACACCUCCUCCCCAAAAGAUUGCAACAGUGAUGGUGAAGCUGCUAAUGAGAGAACCCCUGAGGCAUGCAACACUACCACUAACCCAACCAGCGAGAGAGCCCAGCAGCGACGCAGCAAGAAAGAGAAAGAGAACCGAUACCAUGGUGGCGCAACAGCGGAGGACCGAGCUGCCGUCCACAGCAAGAGGCAGGCGAGGCACAGGUCAGAGGGCAAGUAUCGGCCUCGCUCCUGGUCCUCUGGCUCUAGCGAGACUGGCUCGAGCUCCAGCGGGAACCAGGGCAACUCCAAAACGUCCAGCAGGAAAGCAGUCAGAAUCAGGCACAAGUCCAAGGAGGCGGGCAGCAGGAGUAAGAGGGGGCGCAACAGCGGACAAGUGAAGCUGGCUCUGAAGGCCAUCGACAAAGAGGAGCGUAGGAACGCUGGAGGAAGCAGCAGCAGCACCACUGGAGGCCCUGCAAGGCAAACACAGCUCUACAAAAAGGGGAAAAGACCGCUGAAGGAGAUUCGAAAAGAUCCAGGUUGGGGGGACGCAAAGGAGUCCGGAGCUGAUGCCAGCAAGAAAAAGGAGUACAUGGAGGAGCCCCUGUGGUACACAGAGCCCAUCACAGAGUAUUUUGUACCUUUCAGUAGCAGAAAGAGCAAACUGGAAACAAAGUACCGGAGUAAGGUGGACUCUCCAGAUGACUCAACUAUGUCCGCCGACUUGGAAAGGCUGUCUGAGAGAAUGCAAGGCAUCUACAUUGCCAACGCAAGCUUCCAGAGGGCGUAUCUGGCAGCGGGCACCUUCGUUGAUGGGCACUUUGUUGAGGUGCCAGGCGACGCAAACGAGGAGGCUAACGAACUCAAUGGGACCUCAAGCUGCCCUCCGCCCGAGGAUAGUAGAGAUUUAGAUGAUGACCAUCUGUCUGAAUUCACUCACUUCUAUGAAGUCGAUAUUUAUCAAUCCAUAUUGGAUCCUAGUGCCUCAGACUCAGUACAAGAGAGUCGGAUCUUGAGCAUGAUUAGACAGAAGAGCGAAGAGCAAAGAGACUUUGAGGCAGAAUGUUGUUUAGUGUUAGAUGGCCUUGAGCUGCAAGGGGAAAGUGCAAUAAGGGUGGACUGUCAGGAAGCUUUGGCAGCUGAUGGGUUCUUCAUGCAGGAUUUGGAAAACAUGGCUCAGGUCUGGGGAUGUUAUUCAUCCUCUAGCUCUGAAGAUAAAGAUGGAGAAAGCUUUGUCGGGGACUCUCCCGUUCAGCUCUCCCCCGCUUUGGACGGCGUUACAUUCACCAUCAGCACGCUGCCUGGAACCCUGGAGGAGCCUCAUCUCCCAGAAGCCACCAGCGAAGCGUCUGGUCUGAACUCCUCCUGCUUCUCUCUUUUUGAGCUGCAGUACGAUAGCCCCACUCUUCCUUUUCCCUGCGACUCACUCACCGUUGGUCACGAAAACAACACAGAUUCAAGUAGCUGUCUAGAACCACAUUGUAACAAGCAGUCUCGUUUGCUAAUAUGGACCAAAAAUAGUGCCUUUGAUGAAACUGAACACUGUUCAAACCUUUCAACGCGAACCUGCAGUCCAUGGUCGCAUUCGGAAGAGACGCGUUCAGACAAUGAGCAAAUAAACGUUCAAACAGAGGAGUCCGCUCUAAUUGGCAAUGAAGAUAUUAAUUGUAUAAUCCUUCCUAUCUCUGGUACAUACCUAGAAGAAGAAAUCCUGGACUUUUUACAAGAAGACACCGGUCGCCAGUGCGAGGAGGCCAAUGUAGGCACGGUGUCCAAUCCGACCUUCGCAAAGAAAUCUAAAUUGGAGUCCAUUUGUGGAAUAGCGUUAGAACAGGACGAGAGCAAACAGUACGACGCUGGCAUGUUUUCAGAUGACACAAACCAACAGAGUGAUAACUACAGCUCAGGGAUAAUAAAGGACAUUUGGACAGCUAUCGGAGAUGGAGAUCCUGUACUAUCACUAGGAGGAGAGAAGCCAGGCGAGGGCUUGUUCUCCCAGGAGUCGAGCAGCUACCACUGCGGCUGUCUCGACAUGCAGGCAAAGGAAGUUGGUCCCAUCCAGGGGCCUCCGAAGAAGGCAGUGCAGCACUCUGAGUACCACCUGUGGGAAGGCAAGAAUGAAGAGCAGGCCCUCCUGGCCAAAAACGGGCUCUCAAAGAUGAAUGCUUCUGGGGAUUACAUGACGCCGUCCAAGCCUUGGGACGUGAACCCUGAGAAAGACAACACAUCGUUCAUCCUGGGAGGAGUGUAUGGAGAGCUGAAGACGUUCAGCGGUGACCAGGACUGGGCCAUGGUGCCACCCGGCGACGCGAGAGGCAGCCUGCUACAGUGUGCCGCUGCUGCCGCUUCGGCCUCUGGCUCAGACGUGGUCACCAUUGCUGGUACAGACGUGUUCAUGAAUACUGGCAGCUGCUUUGCCCCUGGCCACAAGCCCUUCUGGAGGCCGCUGGUCUCCUUCGGGCAGAGCGACCAGGCUACUAAAGGAGGUGGGGAAGGAUUGAAUAAGGGGUUUUCUUUAAUCUUCCAUGAAGAUUUACUCGGACCCUGUGCAGGCUUCCGAGGCGAGGAGCCAGGGCUCGACUACCCGUUUGCGUCCUUCGAUCUGAACAAUCCGUUCUCUCAAGUCCUCCACGUAGAGUGCUCCUUCGAGCCUGAGGACAUGGCUUCGUUCAGCCCGGGGUUCAAGCCCAAGUCUAUAUUGUGCUCGGACUCCGAGAACGAAGCUUUCCACCCACGGAUAUACGGCAUCAACCGGACCACCCAGUACAGGGCCAUCCGCAUCUCCCCCAGGACACACUUCCGACCCAUAUCCGCCUCAGAGUUGUCGCCUGGUGGAGGGAGCGAGUCGGAGGCUGAGUCCGAGAAAGAAGAGGAGAGGAGUUUUCCAGUCCUGGCCCCGCCGGACAUCUUCGACGACCCUCAGGCCGACCUCAAACCGCUGGAGGAGGACGCAGAAAACGAGGGCCCCUGCUAUGGGAAGUCAGAACUGGAAUCUGGUAAAUUCCUGCCCAGAUUGAAGAAGUCUGGCAUGGAGAAGAGUGCCCAGACCUCACUGGAUUCUCAGGAGGGCUCCAGCACCCUCCUGCCAAUCGCUGAGCAAGAGAUUUGCUUAGACUGUGAAAUGGCGGCCGCAGUUGGAGCAGCAACAUUGACGGCAAGCGGACGGAUGGACGUCCCAGUCAACAAGAUUCAAAAGGAAGAAUCUUGCAGAGAGAAGGAAGCCUGCAAAUGUGCAGCGUCUGGUCAGAGUCCCACAUAUGGGAAAACCUAUGACUUCAUUGAAGAUUUGCAUGAGUUCCCUCUAUUAAAUAUUAGUGGACAGGGAGGAAUUGGCAGCCAGCAAGAUGAGUGCUGGUGGCAGAACACACUCUGUUCCCCCCUUUUUCCCGGAUCUCAGUGUACAGGGAGCAGCAACAUCUGAUAACUCUAGCUCUGUGGAGAGGAAGCCUAUUGUCGAGAGGAUAUAACCUCUUCUCGUUUGACUGCACCUCUACUGGCAGAUAUGGGGGAGACCUCAGGACCGGGAAACCAAAGGCUUAUGGACAGAGGAACCUCCCCUCCACAUCCCAACCCUGCUGAUUUUCAUUUACUAACUUGAAUCGUGUGUAAUCAACAACCACAACAAAAAAAAGAGCGAAAAUAAUAGGAAAAACUCAAAAAAUAUGUUCUACAUGUCUUCAUGUGAUGCCAUAUCUGAAGACAUGCAUUUUAGAUUUGCUUUAGUUGAUUCUUCCAGACAUUAAUCUUCAUUAGUCACACUUAGAUAUAAGGGAAUAUUUUGUUUUUCCCUCUGUAGGUUUUUCCAACUUUCUUUUUGCUUUUAAACUAGGAUACUGGUAGUUGUGGUGUCCGAAUGGUUGUGCCUGUCCUACUAGUCUCACUCCUUCGUUUCUAGUGUAACUGCUACAAUUUCCAUGACCUGACUGUGAUGCUGCUCUUCAUAACUUAGUAUGAAAGCACCGCGAUUGCAUCCUCUUUUUCUUUCUCCAUCCCUAUCAUUCAGAAAGUGAGAAGAAUGUGCUGAUUUUUGAGUUGUGCAAGAACUUAGAAGUGUAUUUUGGUAGCAGGGGUGCCUUUCUGAAUGUGAAGGAAAGAGAAAGAUUGUGUGCAUCUUUCCUCUGAAAAAUCUGUAUCAAAGAUCCCUCCUCCAGAAGUGUGCAAAGUUGCUCUAAAUUAGUAUGAUUUUGAAGGGUGGUUGUCGGUUUUUCAGAACCUUAGUAGUAGACGUAGAUAGUAUGGUUUGUGAGGCAAAAAAAAUAUAAAUCUUCAACAACACAAAAAAAAUUGCAAAUAAGAAAAUAUUUGAAAACUGCUGUUCAAUGCAACAACAACAAAAAAGCUAGGAAAAAAAGAUAGUUUGAGUUCAAUUUGGGGAGUAAUGGCCCUUUGCAAAAAUAUUUAAUUACAGCCAUCUCUACAGAGGCACCGAUUUGGUGCAAUUGAAAUCAACAUUUUUGCAAACUCCAUAGUACAAACAAUUGGUGCUAUGAAUUACUGUAGCAGUUUCAGUUUCGAUAUUGUGGCCGUGAUCUGUAGAUCCUGUAGUUUUGUUUGUUGUCGAGGCAGAGUGGAAGGAACUUUUGGAGAGGAAAAAAUAAGAGAAAUAAUUGACUGCUGAUGGUUCUCGCUUUAUGUGGGCUUGUUUAAAAAAAAAAAAAGAAGAUUUAAGAUUUUAUUUUAAGAACUUUUAACUAGUAAGUUAACUGGCCUGUAAUAACAAUUGAAGUAAAUACUUACAGGUAUUUGAUUUAAAUCUUAUCAGAGGGCAACAAAUUCAGACUGUCUAGUACAAAGAAUAUAGUAUCACUAUGUUCAUUGGACUGUAAGGUCUACAGCAGAAGCAGGAUAUUAAAGGCAAUAAAUAAAAUGUAGACGCUGACACUACUUAACUCAAGGAAAAGGUGAUCAACCAAAAAUAACAUAAUUCCACCGAAGUACAACAAUAUUUAGUUUUUAUUUAGAUGUGUGUUUUACUUUCUUUUUUGGUAUAAGGUAGCCUGUAUCCAGAAAUGUCUCACUUUGUGUGUGUACGUGUGUGUCUGCAUUGAACACGUAUAGAGAUUGGUUCAAAAUUACAUUGUGUGCUAGAUCUUUAUCAAGAGAAAUGCGAAACAUAUUUGUACCCCAAACCCUCUUAAGUGCACGUGCACAAACUCAAUUUAAUCCGAGGCCCUAAAAUGUUGGUUCGAUCAUUUUUGUGGCCUGUGGAUUGACUAUUAAAUCCUGCGUUAACACACAUCCUUAGACUAAAUGCAUUGUGCAUAUCUUUAUAUCCCUGCAGUUAUUUCAGUUUUUGUUUUUGUUUCCCUUCUUCCCCUUCAAAAUAUUAGUUCAUAUGCUGUUUUUUGGGGGGCAAGAGCCGGGUAAAUGUUUUCGCCCUCAGAAGACCAAGGAAUUGAAGCACAGGCAACAAAUGUUUGUGACCAUCCCUCCAUGUACUCUUGUGAUGCAUCCCUUGCGCAGUCCAAAAUAUUUUCUGCCAACAACGUGUGCACAAACUGGUUUUAAUGCACUGUCACAGGGCACAGUGUCUCCAUUGUGAGCACAGUCAUUGAUCCUAUGUUUUUCCUAUUCAUAGACCUCUUAAUGGACAGUGGUAUCUUGAGUUGGUUUGGCAAAGUCAAUAGCAAACCGUUUCAAUUUGCCAGGGCCUCAGUUUUUGCCCCAUAAUUGUGAUGUUUGUUCUUCACUUGUGUUAAACCGAUCGAAACGUGAAUGAAAGACUGCUCAGAAAAUGUCAGGCUGCUUUCAAUUCUUUUAUUAUAUUUAGACAGUUGUCAGUCCCUCAGGAAUACUUAAAUACUAAACAUUUGUUUUUAAAGUAGGUGGAAAACACUUAAGUCUGUGGCAGUGCAUCAGUACUUUCAUCCAAGCAUUAAUUUAUUACUGAAACUUUAUUUGAUAUUUUGAGCAGAAAAAUGGACAGGUGUUUAUUAAUCCCAAGAUUUGUAGAGUUAAUUGUACAGCACUUAGUUUUAGAGCUAACUUUGAACCGGCCGAGCAAUUUGAGAUUGCAUAAGUAAUGUGAGGUGGACCUUUCAUGGCCCUCGGUCAUAUGCAAUAUGUCGGCGCAUGUAAACUUAAACAUUUAAGCGUAUGUGGAGAAAAGUCACUGAUCAUUUAGCAUGAAACGUUAUUUUUGAGUGAGGGAGAGCUGAGAAAAUAAAGACCCAACCAUUAUUUGUAUUAUUUUUUAUUAUGGAGUGUCUUUCAAAUAAGAGCAGCAUGUCAACAUCACACGCCAUCUCUUUUAAGUUGAAUAAAUAAAACAAAACAGAUUUUAAAUAGAAAAAAUAAAAUAAGUACAGGUGUGGGUAAAGAAGUGAUUUUUUAAAAACUGUGAGCGUGUGUGUCUGGAUAUGAGACCGAGUCACCAAGUUCUUAAAUGGAUGCAUUUCCUUCAAACUCCCAUGUAUUUUCCUUUUAUGUUCUUCCAUGGUAAGGUUGUUUCUAUAUUGAGAAGAGAAAAGUUUGGCGAGAAAAUGCAUCAAGUAAGAGUAUGCAUUUGAAACUACAUUGAAAAGGUUUAACAAAUUGAGUUUUGAUUGUACUAUGGUCUGAAGAACAUAGCAUAUCCAGCACUGAAAACCAGAGUUUUACUCAUCUCUUCAUUCCCACUAGAUGACACCCUCCCAUCCCAGCUCAUCCCAUACCUUACAUCCUCAUCCUCCUCCCAACUGUCUCAAGUGGUUGUAUUGUUCUAAUUUCAUGUACACCCAGAGUAAAUUAUUUUGUUUCAUUGUGGAGUUUUUUUUAACAUCUAAUAAAGGUAUAAACCAAA